GGUAUCCGCCAUUUUACUCAAAGAAGAAGAAAAAAGACGCCGAAGAAGACAUUGCUACGUCACUCCGCGAGGCGCCAGAUUUGGAAAGCUUCGCGUUGGCACCGGACAAUAUUUACACGACUUUACAGACAAACGAGUUGGAGCCACAAUGUCCGAUGAGUGCGGGUACUCUCCCGGCUUCAAACGACCAUCGGAAAUUAUGCGAAUGCGAAGGAAAAGAACCCGCAGCGAAGAGUUCUCGAAGCCGAGCGGGGACGCCGCGCAAAGCGCCUCGUCGUCGGCGUGUGUCCGGCCCUUCUCACCCGGGCCGCUUUUUUCCAACACCCGGAGCCGCUCCGGUGGGGUGAAACGCAGGAACCCGUUCGCCAGCAUUGAGAACAGACACAGCCCGAGGAAGAAGCGCUUCGUUUAUAACGACGACGAAGGAGCGGGCGGCCGAAAGCCAGAAAUAAGAACGAGGGACGACUUGGCUUUCUCACAAUUGAUGGACAAAAUAGAAAACCGGAACGACAAUCAGAAGGGUUCGUCUCCCUCUGAAGAUGACUCUCUCUUUGAGGAAAGCGAGGAAGAUGUUAAAACACCACUGCAGAAGAGCCCCCAGGGCAUUUCUCCUCUCUCCAUAGCGCCCCCCGUCUGCACAGAGUAUCCGGCCGACUGGAGUUUGAAGACUCGUCUCCUUUUUACAUCCUCGCUGUCGCUGUCUUGGUCUGAACAGCCCAAAGCUCAGGAGGAAGCCCUGGGGCUCAGCCAGCACUGCCGAGCGCAGUUUAAUACAUUGCCGCACAAUCUACAGGAUCCGAAGUCAUGCACAGCGCUUCGCUGUGCCUUCCAGCAGAGUCUGAUCUAUUGGCAGCAUCCCAGCCUGUCUUGGGUGCCGCUGUUCCCCAGGAUCAACGCAGAGCGAAGAUUUGCUGGAAAGAACGCCCCCUGGGCACAAGACGCAGAACUGCGGCGGGGUCUAAUGAGUGAAUGGUCAGCCAGUCUUUCGUCACUAUACAGUCUACUAAAGGCCAGACUGUGUCCCUACUUCUACGUCUGCGCCUAUCAGUUCACAGUGUUGUUCCGGGCGGUUGGUCUCGGAGGCUCAAGCAGCAUUAAUGCGCUGGUUUCUCCCACCACCAGAGGCCUCCGGGAGGCCAUGAAGACAGAAGGUAUCGAGUUUAGUCUGCCUCUGGUGGAGCAGGAAAGGACGGCGAGCAAGAGCAGAGAGCAACAAAUUCUUUGUGGCGAGGAGCGGCAGCAGAAAGAUAGCUCAGAGCACAAAGAGGACGGGUGCUGCUCGGAUGACCCCGACGGUGAUGACAACGAUGAGGACAGAGGCAGCAGUCUCUCAUGGUUGGAGGAGAUAGGAGUCCAGGACAAGAUCAAGAAGCCAGACAGUAUCAGCAUCCAACUUCAUGAGGAGGGCCGAGCGGUGAGCGUGGACCACAAGCCGGAGUCUGUGGUGUGUGUGGAGGGGCCGCACACGUUCACGCUCGUUAACUUCCUGAUCAACUGUAAGAGUGUGGUGGCGGUGGCCGGUUCUCAGACGGGGCUACCCCCGACAUUACUGGCCCCCGUUGCUUUUAGAGGCGCUGCAAUGCAUUCGCUAAAGGCCCGCUGUGUGAAUGUGAAGAGCCAAGUUGGUUCAACCUACCAGAACAUCAGCAGUCUGGAGAUAACAGGACCUGUACUGCCAUCCUCGCUACACGCCAUAACAACUCUGCUCCGGCUUGCACAGAAAGGAAACUUCUCGGCUGUUCUUUACACGCAUGCGCCCACGGCCAUUCUGAACACUCAUGGAACCACGUGUGCGAGUGGGUCAGCGGACCUGUCUGCAUUUGGCCUUCAUCCGGCCUCCAUCCAGCAGCUGCAGCAACCGUCCGGCCUCGGAAAGACGGCACUCACACAGAUCACUAUGAACAAUUACAGUUACACCUGGAAGAAGUGAUUCAGUUCAGUGUCGUGUUGUUUGGGCCAUGGCGGUACGCGGUAUCGUCUUCUGGUUUUGUUGCUCAAAUGAAAGUGCAUUGACAUAA